CUGUCUAUCAGUUGAGCAGCAACAACCCAGCUGUCCGGACGUCUGAUCCGUUGUGUUUAAUUGUUUAUACACUUUGUUUAGUUUGUGUGCCUAAAAGUGGGUAAUAAUAACCUCACUGGUGAAAUAGUCUAAAUAAGUGUGAAAACAUCGUAUAAAAUGCAAGGCAAAGACGCUUCCAAUUUAGACGCGGGGUACCCGACGCUUCCCAUGCAAGACACUACGCCGCGCACGGCACCACCUCCGUAUACCGAUCACCCGCAACCUCAGGCUGGAUGGCAACCGCCACAAGAUGGUAACACCGGUUACCCGCACCCGGCUACCGGGUACCCUCAUCCUCAACCUGGUCCAACUGUGCCCCCAACGGCGCCCGGAGUUACUGUGAUCGCCGGACCGACCGUCAUAGUUCAAUCUGUUGUGGGCCCGGAGUCUACUUGUACGACGUGCCGCAAUUGCAAUGCGCAGAUAUCUACAAGGAUUGAUAGGAAACCGACUAUGAAGACGCAUCUCAUGGCGAUGCUACUCUGUGUACUUGGAUGCUGGUGUUGCGUGUGUGUGCCAUAUUGCAUGGAUUCCUGCCUCGAUGUAGACCACUACUGCCCGAACUGCGGAGCCUUUGUCGGAUCAUACGCUCACUAAAAUCGCAGAUACUGUUAAAGAUAUAUUCCCAAUGCUAUGUUUCACAAUGUAUAAGGGUCGGUUUAUACUCGUAUCUAACACAUACUUUGAGCGUGUCAGGGUGCGUAGCCGAAUGGCACAAACGCUCAAGAAACGCUCACGAAACGAAACGCUCGUAGAUAUCUAUCUCUAUCGCUCUUGCGUGUUGGCGUGACAAAGCCAAACUAGCUUUCGCGGCGUUUCGUUUUCGUUUCGCGUCGCAGAAAUGCCAUUCGGCUACGGCACCAGAUAAGUAGUAGUAGUAGUAGUAAUACACUUUAUUGUACAAAGAUAAGAACACACACAGUAAAGAAAAAAAGAACACACACAUCAUUUGUACAAAGGCGAACUUAUCCCAUUAAGGGAUUUCUUCCAGUUAAUUAUGUCCGGUCUGUUUAUUUACUAUUGAGUUGCUUGUCCAUCGGCUAAUAGAGUAUGUCUGUCUAGACUAGACUGAACGAAACGUGACUGUGAACAUUGAAUUUUAAAAUGAAGUUUUUAAAUAAAAUCUUAGUAUUGGAUGUCGACAUAUGUUAUUGAUAAAUACGAGUACGUUUAAAUUUGUAUCAUUUUGUAUUUCACUAUUUUAUACCUUAUUCGUUGUAAUUUGUAGGUACCUAUGUACAGUCUGACCAAAAAGAGUAGAAAUUAAAGAGUGUCAACAUUGUAGUGUCAUCCCUUUCAAAUGAAUACGUGUGAGAAAACGAGACGACACUACGAUGUUGCCACUCUUUCAUUUUUCUUUUUGUUCAAUGUUCAGUCUAUAAGAUAGGUAAGUAUAUGUAAGUAAUGUUUAUUAAAGUGAAAAAUAAAAUGAAAUUUUCGUAUUACUUAAUGGCUACGUGCGAAGUGAUUGGAGGGGGUAAGCAAAGCGAUCGCAGUGCUUGCGGUGGUCAAAAUCGACACUAAAAAUGGGAUGUCAAAACUCUCACAGUCAUCAAAACUCAUACAAUAUAAUACAAUGUGUAAUGUUUGAAACGGGGCACCAAUGUUUUUUCGUUGUUAAUUGUAAAAAGAAUAGCAUAAAUAGUCGUCACAUGUUGUAUGCGUUUCCUAGAGCACACUGGAAUUUGGAUCAAAGAAAUAACCCCAAAUGUCAAAACAAAAUAUUAUAAUAAUUAUAUUUACGCUUUGUUUACUUAAUAUUGUCCAUUACGCUGUUAGUAUUUUUCCUACCGUAAAAGAUUAUGCUCAAAUAUCCAGGCCUGGCCUGAAAAUAGGCCCGUGUCGGAAUUUUCUGCGGCCGCGGACAUGAACAGGUACAUACGUUUAGACUUGUUUUAUAUAGGCUUAACGGGAUGGAAGUUUCGCGAAUACCAUAUCACACGCUCGUAGAACUUCUACCAUUACUCCUAUGUUCUUCAACAUUCCUUAUAUGCCCUGCCAGCACCAAUUUAUUGCCUUUUUCAAUGGCCGGGGGUUAGAUGUUUAUAAGUAAUGCUUUGUAAACUGAUUUUUAUUAUUAUAUGCAUGUCUUUAUAAUCUAUGUACCUAAAUUACACUUGAAAUAUUAGUAGCUCUUGUUAUUCUAUUUAUUUAGAAUUAACGAAAAAUCGUUAAAAUAUAUGUUUGUUUACUUGUAAUUUUUUUGACAUUUUCCACUUCAAGUUCACAUCGUAGGUAGCGUAAUUGACGUGCACGUGGCCAAUACGCGCAUUGUACAAUUUUUUUUAACAAUUUGUCAACAAGUUGGUUCUGAUGCAUGCUAGUCUCACUAAAACAUCAUACAAUGUUGCGUCAGGGUAAAAAAAAUGGAACACAACCUCAACUGUGGCCACUGAUUUUAAUGAUUAGUGACUUACUUAUAAGUAAGUAAAGUAAGUCCGUACUUUAAGAAUUUAAAUUAUCAUGGGGUUCGACCAGUUUAAUUCAGAUUAAUCUGGCUGAGACCUAACUUAAAAUUUGAAAGUGAUCUCUAGAAUACCAAAAGUGUAGUUUGUAAUUUGAGAAAAUUAUAAAUGUCUGCACAUGACGCAGUUUUAAUACAUACAUACAUGUAAUCACGUAUGUAUCCCAUAAAGGGGAAGGUUGAGCACAUGAACUACUCAGUGCCACUCUUGGCGGUUUUAAAUGUAUUGAUUAUAUUGUACUGUUUGAUACUAUGAAUAAUAGAACUAUGAUCAUGUAUGCGUUAUGUAAUGUCAAAUAAAAGAGUUAAUCCAU